UAACAUCAUCAAAGAUCGACGGAAAUCGGAGCAGCCCAUGCCAUCCAUGCUAGAAUCUUCGAGCGUUUGUAAAACGACACAAUUAUGUUCUCCAAAUUUUUCUGGCUGACGCUCCUAUUGGGAAUUGUGUAUUUAUUGUACUCGCGUGGCAUUAUCGAGGAGAUCAAGUUCCACUUGACGGAAGGAACAUUAAAUAUUGCUGACACGUUAUAUUUUGGAUUAAAUGAAAACUCUGGCGGGCCAAGAGUGUUCUCUGCGAACGAAUUGAAACGAUAUACAAAUUUGGAGAAUGGUUUGUAUCUCUCAAUCUUGGGCCAAGUCUUUGAUGUAACGAAAGGAGAGAAACAUUAUGGACCUGGAGCAAGUUACCAUGCUUUUACUGGCCGUGAUGCUUCCUUGGCAUUUAUUACUGGAGAAUUUGAUGAACAAAAUUUAACCGACGAUAUAUCUAGUUUAUCGGAGCGACAAGUCAAGGCAUUGGAUGAUUGGCUACAAUUUUAUAACACAAACUAUAUCUAUAAAGGAAAAUUAUAUGGUAGAUAUUAUAAUCGAGAUGGUAGUCCAACUACCGAAUCAGAUAAGGUAAAAGAGAAGCUACUACUUGCUAAAAAGAAAAAAGCAUUAGAGGAGAAACAGGACAGGAUGUUUCCACCUUGUAACGUAGAAUGGGAUCUGAAUAUUGGCACUGUAUUCUGGUGUACUCAAAGAAGUGGUGGAAUCGAUAGAGGUUGGGUGGGAGUACCAAGAAUGUUGUUCGAGACUGCAGGCGCACAAGGUUCAUCUAGAUGUACUUGUAUUAGAUUGGAUAGCAAGGAAUAUGAAGAAAAUAAAGCUAGAUUUAGAGAAUAUGACGGCUGCGACAAGUAUGCGACAAAAUGCAUAGUGAAAAUGAAUAAGGAUGAUUUGAGGAUAAAUAAGACAUGAUAUAAGAAAAUAUACACUCUCCUACCUAUAUAACAUUUUAGAUAUACUAAUAUUUUUGUAUUUAUAAUAUCACAAUGCAAAAAUACAUAAAUGUAAGAUUUA